AUUCAUCACGGUGUGGUCUCCAACAUCCGUGGUUUCGGAGCCUUUUUCCCACUGGGUCGGGUUUUGGCUUUUGGACGCAAUACGCAUCUGUCGCUUUGUUAGAUAGUUGCUAUUGAGUACAUGGGCACAUGUCAUGGUAUGUGUCUAGUCUGGCUCUCCUCAACCGCUGUGUUGGAGCAGAUGAAAAAUACGAGUAUAUUGAUAAAAACCUUUUGCCUCGUCAUUCAACAUUUCUGUUUGACAGGCAACUGCUGAUAGCGGAAGACUGGACAUUGGCUUCAAAGUUUGAAUACAGCACAGACGUUGGGAAUGUGUUGUGGGCGAAGAAUAGGUAUACUUAUCAAUGACUCCUUUCAUUCAGCUACACACGUGGAUAUCAACAACAUACAUCGUGUAUAUAGCGGUAAGACA